GAUCAUAUUGCUAUACUCGCGAAGCUUGAGCUCGGUCAUGCCCGAGUUCCAGCCGAAUGGGCCCCUCAUCGGCCAACUUCGCCGCAGCACAUCAUCUCACGCAAGCAUUCGUUGCCAAUCUACCUGAGCACGCAAUCGCUUGCAGGUGCUGUGACCAUGCCAAUAUUAGAGUAAGUGAUGUUCCGUGUUUCUUUUUUCCUGUUACUCGAACUUCCUGCUUCGAAUGAGCUAUGGCACCAGCUCUGGUAGAAACACCCUCGUUCAAUGGUCCCUCAGGCCUUGAUAAGAAGCUCUUCCCGGACGGUCUGAAGACGUCCGGACAGCAUCCGCCAGAUUAUUCGCUUGUCCGACCUUACGAUGCUUUCCCAAAGCAGAUUACUGGUCAAACAGUUUGGCAGGCUGAAGACUACCAACAGCAUCCCGAGCGCUGGACGCACAUCUUUAGCGAUGAGGAAGUUGCUGAGCUCGGCGAAGCCGCAGACAACUUUAUUGCCUCAGGUGUACCACUGACAGGCAUGACGAAAGAGCGAUUUCCCUUGCCAACAUUGGAACCAUUCUUUGAGAGCGUUCGGAAUGAAGUUAUCAACGGCAAAGGUUUCAUUCUGUUCAAGGGCAUACCAGUCCAGGAAUGGAGCCUUCAGAAGUCCGCAACUGCUUAUCUUGGCUUUGGUGCCUAUUUCGGCUACUUCACCUCGCAGAACGGACAAGGACACAUCCUCGGCCACGUUAAGGAUUUGGGCGAAGACCCUACGCAGAAGGAUAGAGUGCGAAUUUACCGGACGAACGCGAAGCAGCCGUACCAUACCGAUGCAGCGGAUUUGGUUGGUCUGUUGUGCAUCGCCAAAGCUCUGGAAGGUGGUGAAUCCGACAUUUUGUCAACGCACCAUCUCUUCAAUCAUCUUCAGAGGGAGCAUCCAGAUGUGGUUGAGACACUGACGACACCUAACUGGUAUUUCGAUCGCAAAGGAGAAGUGAGCGAGGGUGAAGAUCCAUACUACAGAUCGGCUCCUAUGCUUCUAGAGAACGACCCCAACGGCGGGGCGCGCGUAUGGACCCGUCUGGACCCAAACUACGUGAUUUCUCUUGCACGCUACAACUCCGGACCAAACGCCAGGAUCCCUCCGUUGUCCGCCAAGCAAAAGCAUGCGCUCGAUGUCUGGGACAAGACUUGCUCGGAGCUAUCCCUUCACAUGAUACUCGACCCAGGCGACAUUCAGCUCCUAAGUAAUUCGCAUGUACUUCACGCGCGGACGGCGUAUAAGGACUAUCCCCCGGGCUCUGUUAACGAAGAUGGGAGGCCAAGAGUUCGGCGGCACCUGAUGAGGUUGUGGCUUGCUGUGCCGGAAACUGAAGGCGGGUGGAAGAUCCCUUUUGCUGACAGCAAGGAGCGCAAGAGGGGCGGCAUCCAGGUCAACGAUGUGCCGCCUGUUUGCCCACUGGACGCUGAGUAGUCCUUGGCUUGAUUUUUGCAUUUGACAACGUUUCAGCUGGCAAGAGUUCGCACUAUAGAUGGACAGUUGGUAGGACUCUACGCAAAGCCACGUACCGCUCUCCACGUUAUGUCAGUAGGAUGGCCACGAUUCAACGCUGACUCACGCCUGGCUAUUCUCGAUUACAAGAUUCCAAGG